AUGCUCAAGCCUAUACGACAGGCUGUGAUUUUAGGAUUAGACUGGGGAAGCAGCUCGAUCCGUGCGAGUAUUCUAACCCGCGACACACGGCACCCAGAGAAUGUCUAUAACGAAGAUUCAAUACCUGCCCACGACGAACAUUAUCAGAAAGGCGCGUUCAACGCAGCAUUAUAUCUGGAUGGCAUUGGCAAGGUCUACACAGGCGAAGCCAUCGACGAGGAUCGUGAACCAGUGCCGUCAAAGCCCUUCUUCUCCCAAUCCCCACAGACUGGGAUUAAUGCAAUUGAUGCAUUGUUGAAUGGCUUGCGAGCGGAUGCAACGUGGGCACUUGUUCAUGAGGGUAUGGAAGAGAUUGCCAAGACAGUCUUUAAGAGCAUUGGAGGUUUCUGUAACGGCAACAACGAGCUUGACGAACUCUACUGUAUCGACGAAAUAGGGCUGUCGUACCCUGCUCACUGGAGGCUAGGAGAACGAACAAAGUACGAGGAGCUCUUGAGAAAGGUUAUACCCAAAGAGUCAGCCUGGGUCAAGCCAGAUGUCGACAUCAGCUUUCAUGUUGAAAGCCUGGCAUCGGCACACAGAUUAUUCUCCUCUCCACGGCUGAUCGGCAAGAUCAUGCCUCCGUCAAAGACUCCAGUGCUUGUUGUCUUUCUAGACUUCGGUGGCUACACCAUGAAAAGUAACGCUAACGACCUGAGCUACCACAGAGUGGGGGAAACCUUUUCGGCCUUUGGCGGUACUCAACUGUGGGAGCAGCAGGUUGGCAUUUUCUGCCGAAAGUACGUCGAGGCGGAGACUAACAGGCCAAAACUAUCGCCCCGACAACGAGCAGAAUGUCUCGAGAUGUUCCAUCGCGAGAUCAAGAAGUUUGAAACAAGUGAAAUUGAGCCAAUGCACCUAACUUACCGAAUCCCUCUCAAGGAGGGGCACCUAUCAUACAGCGUGUGUCUACCCAAACACAGCGCCGAGAACUGUUUCUGGAAUGCUUUGGCAGGGCCGAUAAAACUCGCCGAGAAGAAGAUCGCCGAAGCAGUGACUCUGAGCUCCCGUGUCAAAGUCGUCCUGUCUGGGGGCAGCGGCAAAAAUACUGUUGUUCAAGCACGGCUGAGAUCGGCUUGCGAGAGACUUGGGGUAUCGCAUCCGUACUGCAUGAACCAAAAGCUCGCGAAGGAGGAUUCAUGGAAUAUCUCCCGAGGGGCAGCAAUUGCAACGGCGAAUACAAUAUCUGUACAUGAGUCGAUGGCGAACGGCGCGGCGUUUGGUUUCCAACGGGGAGGUUAUGCCACUCUCAACAGCCCGGAGGGACUUAGAAGCUCAUGGGAAGAAGAAAUAGAAGUUUCGUUGGACUUGAAUGGGUCACGUUCCUGGAAAAGGUGGUGCGGCGAUACAACGAGAAUCAAGAUCAUUUGCGAUCCCUUUCUUCAACUGCCCGACAGAAAAACACAUCUCCGUUUCUCGUCGUGUUGCGAUGUCGUGGAACUUCCUCAGCCUUCCAAAGGGUACUGGGAGUUCGAGCUUCGCUUUGCAGGCGAUGGCGAUGACCUACGUCUUGUCGUGGAACGAGGUUACAUGGGGCACACCGGAAGAAAGAUCUUCCGCCACAUGCCAACGUUGGAGUUGCCACUCUACUACGACCCGUCUUCCUGCUGCUGUCUGAUCAAAACAGAUGUAGACGAUGAAGGCUAUGGUCUCUUGGUCACAGAAACAGGGGAGAUCGUGGCUUGCCCAAGAGAGCCAACACGAAAUCAUCUGGAGCGAGGAGGCCGACCACGUCUUGGGGAGAGUGGGAACAUUCGAAAGCGCAAGCGAAUGGCACCAGCUAGGCGCGGUGGAGUCGGUGGCAGGCAGGGAAAGGCUGGCGUCAAACCAACAGGUCAUCUUCCGGAACUCAAGCCACCCAAUUACUUGCCAAAAUCUACAAGGGCCCCGGUGAUUUCUCAGUUCAACGGGUCCACCGAUGGGCUUCCCUCUGCUCAUCUGGUCAGGGAAACGAGAAGCAUGGAAAGCAGUAGGCGUGAAAAUUCUGUCAUCCCGGUGGUGUCUGACACGGUGGUUGGUAGGCAGGCUUUAUCUCCAGAAUGUGGUGUGACGAAUCAUUCUUUCUGGGAACAGGCAACUGUUGCGGAAUCGGGGCCCUGA